CGUUAAUGUUUAUUCUUUUUCUUCCAGAUUCUUUAACAAAAUGGUCAACUCAACGUGCUUAGCUUUCGUCACUUUAUCAAUUUUGGCUAUCGUUUUCACAGUUGCAAGCGAUUCUCUGGAUCAGGACAGGCUUGAUCUACCAGUUUUGCAGAAGCGCCCCUUCUGCAACGCCUUCACUGGAUGUGGAAGGAAAAGAUCCAGCCUCAGAUCUGACGACGCCAGUGAAGGACUCUCUGGACGAUCAGGAACUCAGAACAAGCUGUACGCUUUGCUCCAGCAGAGAAUGGCUGAGAUUGAAGCAUUGAGGGGGCUUUUGGACGAG